AUGUCUGGAUCAGUUGUCGAUGGCGUACAACGACUUCCGUCUACAGGUAUUUCCAUCUUGAUAGUUGGAGCUGGGGUAGGUGGUUUGAUGGUGGCGAUUGAGGCGUGGCGGCAGGGUCAUGAUGUCCAGGUCCUAGAAAGGAAUGACGGGGUGUCUCCUAUUGGCGACUCUUUCGGUAUAUUACCCCCAGCCCUUGCCACGCUACGCUUCUUCCCCUCUCUUCAUAAGGACUAUGAAAGUACAAGUAGCGACGCCUUGAUGUAUUUCUACUCCCAUGAUGGCCAAAAAGUGCUAGAAGCCGGAGAGGCCCCAUGGAAUGAACCAGGCGCCGUCCAUGCCGCGCGAGAUGUCAGAGUCACCUGGUUCGUUCGCCGUUACAAAUUGCUGGCGGCUAUGGAAGCACAGGCGCGCCGUCUGGGCAUAUCUUUACACUAUGGGAAAAAUGUUGUAGAAUAUGGAGAGGACGAAACUCAGGGAUUCGCCACGACAAGCGCUGGUGAUCGGUACUCGGCGGAUCUCAUAGUGGCUGCUGACGGCGUAGGCACCAAGAGCCAUAAACACAUAACUGGUGUUGCACCUCUGCCAUCGAGUAGUGGCUUUGCUGUUUACCGAGGUGUAAUACCCAUCGAACGGCUUCAAGACAUAAGUCAGGCUUCCAAGGACAAGAUAUUCUGCGAUUCCAGACCCGAGUUCCGAAUUUACCUAGGACCCGAUAUGCACAUGAACCUCCUAACUAACCCCGACUCUAUCAUAUAUAUAUUAACUCACGAGGACUCUGGCUCUGCUGAGGAGGCCUGGCGCAGCACGGUAUCUGGAAAGUCUGUUCUCGAAACAUUGGAUACUGUUCCAGGCUGGGAUCCGGCCGUUAAGGAAGUCAUUGCACAGACCCCCGAGGACUCUGUGAUCGACUGGAAACUCCUUUGGCGUAAUCCUCAACCACAGUGGUGCAGCGAGGGAGGACGCGUCCUGCAGCUUGGGGACUCGGCCCAUACCUUCUUGCCAACCAGCGGCGUAGGAGCUUCACAAGCCAUGGAGGACGCUUUGAGCCUGGCCACAUGUCUGAGGCUAGGCGGCAAAGAACAUCUUGUCCAGAGUGUCAAGGCACAUGUGCUUUUGAGAUUCGAGCGUGUCUCCAUCCUUCAGCGGUUUGGGUUUGCGAACCGGCAAGUUCUUCACAAACUAGAUCCGUUCCGCUUGCUCGACCAGCCGGAAUUGAUGGAAAUGAGGCAUAGCAGAUGGAUAUGGGCUCAUGAUCCAAUCCAGUACGCCAAAGAAAACUACCCUAUGGCGGUCAAAGCCGUUACCGAAGGCUCGGCUUUUGAGAAUACAAAUGUUCCUGUAGGAUUCAGAUAUACGCCUUGGACAAUCGAGGAAGAGCUUGACAGGGAAAGAAAAGGGUUGAAAUCCCAGUUGCGAGAGACCGGUGAUUGGUCAUAG